CCAUUGACAAAUAAAACUGUCAUUAAUAAAUUCAUCUUAAUAAUAAACAGUUUUCAAUUAAAAAUUAUGGGUACACAAAAUCACCUUUUUUUAGUUUUAAUAUGUUUUCAGCCUGCGUCCUGGAUACUUAUCCUAGAAUUCAUGCUGAUACCAUCAGAAGCUGCGGUUGCUUGUUAUUUUUGUAAACGAGACUGCCAAAUAGCUAUGCGUAGAAUAAACUGUUCUAAAAUAUCGAAAAUAGUUUUAUCCUCUGUGACGAAUCAUCGAAGUCUUGAAGGGCAACUUACCGAAACUACCAAACCUUUCCUGGAAAUAAACGAUACCCACGCAGGCUUUAAAGAAAAUUAUAAUAAAUUAAGCACAAAAACAGAUGCAAGUAAAGGGGCAACAAAUGUUACUUUUAAUGCUGAGAAUACAGGAGAUAGGCAUGUUACUUCUGAUGCUGACACCAAUAAUAAUACUUCUAACAUAAAUAGUGUUUUUAAUGUUUUAACAGUAGAUGGUAUAAAUAGUACUUCUACUACUAAAACUAUAGGAAAAAAAAUCAGUUCUUUCAGUUUUGAAACUUCAAAGGAUAUUAGUGUUAGACCUACUGCUAAUAGGUUGAAAGAAGAAAGAGACCAUUCUAAAGGAUCAUUCUCAAAAACGUCCAUGAGCGAUUCAGAAUCUUCGUCAUCAGAUACUAUUUCAAAAGAACAUAAAAGAUAUAAAGAGACAUCAAGUAUAGCAAAUAUGCUGGAUUCAGAAAAUAGGCUUGCAAAAAAUAGAAAACAGACCGAAAAGGUAGCAGUAACCGCAUCUUCAUCACAUGGACAAACUCCAUGGAUUACGCACAAUGGAUCACAUAAAAUAUGUACGUGUAUUUCUCAUAAGAGAAAACAUAUUGUGUACCACGAUCGCUAUGAGGAAGGUUUGGAUGGCUAUCUAGGAAGAAAAAGUCGACUAGAAAAUAUGGAAUAUUACUGUUUUACUCUUAAAGAAAAAACGUCUUCGGGAAAAGAAGAGGAGUUUCGGGGAUGCACUGUCUAUCGUACCUGUGACUUACUUAAAUCAAAAAUAAGGUCUAUUUCUUGUUCAAUAUGUGAAAGAGACAACUGCAACAGCUCGCAAAAUAUUAAACCAUUUUCGAUAUUCUUCAUAGUAGCCUUAAAUAAAAUGCUGUUUUGGUGAAAA